AUGUCGGACCAAAUCGAUGAAUACUUUGACGCAGCUCUUGAUUUAGUUAAAUCCGCAGGAAACCUUAUAAUAGAGUUUAGAAAUGGUUGCAAAGCCUAUGAACAGAAAUCCAGUGAUAUCGAUUUAGUCACUGAAGUAGAUAAAAAUGUAGAAAAGACUCUAAUGGAUGGUUUGUCAAAAAACUUUCCUACCCAUAAGUUUAUUGGAGAAGAAACAGUAUCUGAAGGCGGUCAGUGUGUUCUUAGUGACGACCCGACGUGGAUUAUUGACCCUGUAGAUGGCACACUAAACUUCAUUCAUGGUUAUCCCCAAAGCUGUAUUUCUGUUGGUCUAGCUAUUAACAAAGAAUGUGUCGCUGGCAUUAUUUAUAACCCGGUCCUUAACCUAUUAUUUACUGCUAAAAAAGGUAAUGGUGCAUUUUUAAAUAACAAGCCUAUACAUGUAUCACAAACGAAAGAAUUGAGUAAAGCAUUGAUAUCAUUUGAAGCAGGGACCUCUCGUGAUCCUGAAAGAUUGAGAGUUAUGUUUGAAAAUUUUAGAACUCUAGUAGAGAAGGGACAUGGUGUCAGAACAAUAGGCUCUGCUGCUAUGAAUAUGGCAAAUGUGGCUUUAGGAGGGAGUGAUGCCUACUUUGAGUUUGGUAUUCAUGCUUGGGACAUAGCUGCGGGAGAUAUUAUUGUUCGUGAAGCAGGUGGAGUUUGCAUUGAUCCAGCAGGAGGACCUCUAGACCUUUUGUCUCGUAGGGUUUUAUGUGCUGCAACUGCUGAACUUGCUCAAGAGCUAAGCAAGUCUCUACAGCAGUAUUACCCCGAGAGAGAUUAA